AUGUCGAAAUUACAAAUGCGAGUGCUGUACGGGCUGCGAAGCGACGUGUCGGGAAACGCGCACUUCAUCACCGACGACGAGGUGCUCUACGUCGUCGGCAACGGCCUAGCCCUGCACAAUUUCACGCAGAAUCGCCAGAGGCUCGUCCGGCUGCCCGACAGGAAUCGCGUCAAUCUGCUGGCCAUCUCGCCGAACAAAAAGCUCGCGGCACUGUGCGAGAGCGGCGAUCACCCGGUCAUAUCGAUCUACGACCUGUCGACGCUCAAGCGAAAAAAGAUCCUGGGCAUACCGAACGACCCGAGCGGCUCGAUCCGCGGCUUCGCCUGCGUGAGCUUCAGCUACGACAGCAAGUACCUGGCGGCCGUGACGAGCGAGAACCAGUCGAUGCUGUUCUACAACUGGGAGAAGGGCAAGAUCGAGUCGAGCAUAGAGCUGAGCAACAGCCAGCUGCCCUCGUCGCGGGUCAGCUCGAUCAACUGCAAUCCGGCGGACACGGCGAUAAUCGCCCUGGGCGGGCCCUUCUGCUUCAAGUUCCUCACCCUGUCGGAGACGCUGUGGCGGCCCUACGGCUUCUCCAAGGCCGACAACCUGCACGUGACCUCGCUCACCUGGCUCAACUCGGACCGACUGCUGGCCGGCACCUUGGACGGCCGCAUCCUCUACCUGGAGAACGGCGAGCUGCGCAACGUGUUCAAGGUGCACGAGACCGUCUACAUGAACAUGAAGGUGCGCGACGAGAACGCGGCCCAGGUCUCGAGCUCGGGCGGGCCGGCCGACCACAGCCAGGCGGUGCUCUGCCUGCUGACCUUCGUGCGCGGCUUCGCCUUCGCCCACGGCUACGGUCAGGUCGUCGUCUUCGAGAAGGACGGGCCGCACAAGUACACCAAGCGCAACCUCUACUCGGUGCCGCAGCAGGUCUCCAAGCUGGCCAGCGACGAGCUCUACAAGGUCAACUCGCUGUCGACCAACCCGAGCUGCGACAAGAUCCUCGUGACGACCGGCUGGACGCAGCUGUUCUACGCCAAGCUCUGGGGCCCGGACAUCCUGAGCGAGCCCGAGCCCAAGCCCGUGGCGACGAUGGGCCACCAGCUGCACCACGGCCCCAUCGGCGGCCUGUCCACCUGCACCUGGAAGUCGCACAUCGUCACCUUCGGCACGGAGGACCGGAGCGUGCGCAUGUGGGACUACGAGACGGGGGGCCUCGUCAUGGCCAAGCAGUACCAGGAGGACAUAUCCUGCGUCGUGCUCCACCCCUCGGGCCUCUUCUGCCUCAUAGGCUUCAGCGACAAGCUCAGGUUCAUGAGCGUGCUCCUCGACGACUUUCAAGCCAUUCGCCACUUUCCCAUCCGGGCUUGCCGCAUAGCCGCCUUCAGUACGGCUGGCCACCUCUUCUCGGCCGUCAACGGCAACAUCAUUCACAUCUACUCGACCAUCGACUUUAACCUUCGAUUUUUGCUCAAAGGCCACACCGAGUUGAUCAAGAACGUCGUCUGGGGCCCGGAGGACACGAAAAUGUACAGCAUCGGCUCGGAGGGUGCCAUCUACGAGUGGAACACGAUAACGGGCCAACGAGCCUCCGAAGUCGUUCUGAAGAACGUCACGCUCAACGGCAUCGUACUGUCGGCCGACGGCGUCACGGCCUUUUGCAUAUCCGGCGACGGCCGCAUACACGAGAUACGCGACAGUAUGGUCGUGCGCAUCUACCACUUCCGAAACAUCGAACCAAGCCACAUCGCUAUGAGCAAAGACGACGCGCUCGUGUACGUGACGUACCCUGGCGGAUUCGUGGCUUCGCUCGAUUAUCCACUGGUCGAUCCGAUCGAGCUGACCGAGUACCGCUUGCACGACGCGGAUGUCUCGCAAAUGGCUUUGUCGUACGACGAGCACGCGCUCAUCACGACCGGUCUCGACGGCACCAUCAGCUUCUGGCGGGUGACCUACGCCUACGGGACCGCAACCACGUCGAUCCGCGACAUGCUCUACCUCGAGCAGAUCCUCAUCAGCCGCGAGGAUCUGUCAGUCAAGGUGCAGACCAUCAAGGACCUGUACUCGCGGGUCAAGGAGCAGGAGACCGAGCACGCCUACAAGUCGCGCCAGAUGAUGCUCCAGCACAACGACAUGGUGCGCGAGAUCCACAGCGGCUACUGCGAGGCCAUCGAGGAGCUGCGCGACAAGAUCGACAAGCUCGAGGAGGACCACGCCAACGAGAUCAACAGCAUCAACGUCGAGAUCGCCAGCACGCGCAAGGCCCACGAGGAGGAGAUCAGGAACAUGGAGAUCAGCUACGACGCCAAGCUCAUAGUCGAGUACGACAAGUACGGAGCCUUCGAGAAGAAGAACAACGAGAUGCGCAGGGACUUUGAGGGCAGGCUCAAGCAGCAGGCCGAAGAGUAUCAAGCUAAAUUGGAGGAGACGAUCGCCAACUUCGAGGCGCGACUCGACGAAAAGGACCGGCAGCUGCGAGAGUCGCACGAGGAAAACGCCCAGAGCACCCACGUGCACGAGAUAAUCAAGAGCCAGAUCGAGGAGGACGCCGAUCGCGAGAUCAUCGAGCUGCGCGCCAGCUACGAGGCUCAGCUGCAGCAGGAGCGCGAGCAGGAGCUCAAGCUCAAGGGCGAGGCCGGCGUGCUGCGCCGCAAGUACGAGGACGCCCAGAAGGACCUGGCCGACUGCAAGUGGCACUGGCAGAAUCUGCGCAACGACUACGCCGAGCUCAAGGCCCGCAAGGAGGAGCUCGACAAGGAGGUGUCCGAGCUCGAGGCCGAGGCCGUUCAGCGCGAGGCCACCAUCGUCGCCCGGGGCGAGCGCAUCCGCGACCUCGAGGCGGCCAACGACGAGCUCGACAAGAUUCGCUUCGUUCUCAAUCAUCGCAUAGGCGAGCUCAAGGCCCAGAUAGAGCCCAGGGACGCUCUCAUCGCCGAGCUCAAGGGCAAGGUCGCCGACAUGGAGCUCGAGCUGCUCGGCAUGAACCGAGCGAGCCAGCGCCAGGAGCUCAAAGUCUACGAGAUGCGCGAGAAGCUGAGCUCGGCCAAGCGCGAGAUUCAGCACGAGAAGCACAGGCGCAAGAUGUGCCAAGAGAGGCUCAAGCGUAUGAGGGUCGACCUGCUCGACGCUGCGGCCCUCAUCAACGAGCCUACUGCGCUCAAGAAUACCAUUAUCAAACUCUACCAACGCUACAGCGAUCAAGCUCAGUUCUUGAGAGAACACCAGGCCGACGUCGAUGUCCAGAGCGAGUUUGCCAAGCAACGAGAUCAUCUUGAAAAUACGAUAGCUCUGCUCAAGAAGCAGCUGAAUCUCUGCAGCAGUGCGGUCGAUCCUCAGGCUACUCGAGUCUUUGAGGACAAUAUGGAGCUGCUAUCGGAAAUGAGCGGCCUCAGGGACGAAUUGAAGUCCGCUCAGAGGCACAUCGCCGACAUGGAGUGCUUGCUUGGCCUCAAAGGUCGGGAUACGAGUCCUCUCGAGGCCAGAGCUAAGCUCGCCAAAGCCGUGCACGGCAAUGAGGAUCUCGAACGUACCUACAAUGAGCAAAUGCAAGAAUGCAAACGAGUCGUCGAGGGUCUCAGAGUCAAUCUUGAGCGUCUCAUAAGUCGCAUCGCAGAUCGUACCGAGAAAGAAGACUUAGCAAAGAAGGAAAUUUGA